CCGGCCUUCUGUUCCUCGUCCUGGAGGCAGCUUCGUUGGAGGAUAAUCCCACUGAUGCGCUAUCACUACUACUAGGCACCAAAAGUCACGUAUCUACCCAAUAACAGUGCGUAAAAUAUCACAGCGCGUCGCGGGUUUAAUACAAAGCCGGUGGGGACCGCGUCUGGUGGACCCGUGGGUAUAGAGAGACUGAGUUUCUACUCCUGACUGAAUGCCAGUUUAACCUCGUUCAUUGUGGGAUUUAGGAGACAAAAGGUGCGUAAAGUUCUUGGAAACUGUCCGAAACGACAUGGCGAUGGUGACGUGGAGGAACAGCGAGGACAGCGGCGCUGACAGCCAGGUCUGCGCCAUCUCCUCCCCGGUCUCCCAUGUGACGGGACCCCACUCCCUGUCCGGGGACCUCACCCAGGGACACCUUGGCGCCGCGUCUUCCCUGGAGCUGAACUCGGCUCCUCGACCGACCACACCGGGGGGCGCACCGGCUUCCCGGGCGGCCACCAGCAACGCGCCUAACGGCUCCAUGGAGAAGCAGCAGCAGCAGCAGAGCCAGCACGUCGAGUGCACGGUGUGCGGGGACAAGUCGAGCGGCAAGCACUACGGACAGUUCACCUGCGAGGGAUGUAAGAGCUUCUUCAAGCGCAGCGUGCGCCGGAACCUCACCUACACUUGCCGCGUGACGCGGAGCUGUCCUGUGGACCAGCACCACCGGAACCAGUGCCAGUACUGCCGCCUGAAGAAGUGCCUGAAAGUGGGCAUGCGACGGGAAGCGGUGCAGCGAGGCCGGGUGGUCCCGUCCCAGUCGUACCACGGGCAGUUCUCACUCACCAACGGCGACCCCCUGCAGUGCCAUCACUCGUACCUCUCGGGGUACAUCUCCCUGCUGCUGCGCGCCGAGCCGUACCCCACCUCGCGCUACGGCGCCCAGUGUCUGCAGAACGGCAACGGCGGCGGAGGCGGCGGCAUCCUGGGCAUCGAGAACAUCUGCGAGCUGGCGGCACGCAUGCUGUUCAGCGCCGUGGAAUGGGCCCGCAACAUCCCCUUCUUCCCCGACCUGCAGGUCACCGACCAGGUGGCCCUGCUGCGGCUGGCCUGGAGCGAGCUGUUCGUGCUCAACGCGGCGCAGUGCUCCAUGCCCGUGCACGUGGCCCCGCUGCUGGCCGCCGCGGGCCUCCACGCCUCGCCCAUGUCGGCGGACCGCGUGGUGGGCUUCAUGGACCACAUCCGCCUCUUCCAGGAGCAGGUGGAGAAGCUGAAGGCCCUGCACGUGGACUCGGCCGAGUACAGCUGCAUCAAAGCCAUCGUGCUGUUCACCUCAGACGCGUGUGGUCUGUCGGACGCGGCGCACGUGGACGGGCUGCAGGAGAAGUCCCAGUGCGCGCUGGAGGAGUACGUGCGCAGCCAGUACCCCAACCAGCCCUCGCGCUUCGGGAAGCUGCUGCUGCGGCUGCCUUCGCUGCGCACCGUGUCGUCGUCGGUCAUCGAGCAGCUGUUCUUCGUGCGGCUGGUGGGGAAGACCCCGAUAGAGACCCUGAUCCGGGACAUGCUGCUGUCCGGGAGCAGCUUCAGCUGGCCCUACAUGUCCCUGCAGUAG